AGUUCAGUUCCGUUGCUGGGGGUUUGUUUUGUUACCCCACCGGAUGGUUGUGCGCUGUAUCGUUCCAGACGUCGAGGCGAACAGGUUCGAAAAGCUCGCUCCUAUCCAAACCGUUUCGGCAUUUGUGGCAUUAGUUUUGUGCGUUCUUUACGGUAACGCAGAUCGUACAGAGUAACGCGCGAGUGACGCAUUUCGUAGCCACGUGCGCAUGUGCGUGCGUUAAAAAACGCGGUGAAAUAAGAGCCUUAAUAGUUUAACGGUGGAAGACGGAAAAAAAUCAAAGCCCUCUGGCUCGGUUAUAGUUGUUAUGAGAUAUUAUCAGCCUGCAGGCUUUCAGAACUAGAACCGUGUAGCGGAAAGGUUUCCUUUUAACAGUUUACCCUUGCUUAGCAUCCACAAUACGUACUGCGCGGUAGAAGCAACUGAAUACCGUUAAAACAUGGGUUUGUCACGCGUAGAACGUGUCGUUCCCGGAACACGUUGGCUUCGCGGAUAUACGGGACAGUUUGUGGUAGCGGAUCUGAUUGCCGGUGUUACGGUGGGAUUGACAGUACUUCCACAAGGAUUAGCUUACGCGACGCUUGCCGGUUUGGAACCACAGUAUGGUUUAUACUCCGCCUUUGUCGGUGGGGUAGUGUACGCUUUGUUGGGUGGAUGUCGUGAGGUCACCAUUGGACCAACCGCUUUACUAUCUCUGAUGACCAGUCGACACACGGGAUAUGGAGGAAAUUCUGGCCCACAGCUCGCUAUACUACUGUGCUUCUUGUCCGGUGUUGUGGAGUUGCUAAUGGCCGUCUUACGGCUUGGUGCACUGGUGGAUCUCAUUUCACUUCCCGUUACCGUGGGAUUCACAUCGGCCACUGCGCUCAUCAUAGGUGCUUCUCAGCUGAAAGCGUUGCUCGGUAUCCGGGGUGGUUCUGGAUCAGGAUUCGCCAGUACGGUGCGUACUGUUUUCGAAAGGAUUGGCGAGGCACGUGUAGCCGACAGUAUCCUGGGGGUCGUCUCCAUUGCUGUACUGCUUGCAAUGAGGAAAUUGAAAGACAUUAAGACACCGGCGGAUGCUACGAGAGGACGCAAAAUAGUUGGACUCAUGUGCUGGUUAAUUGCAACGGCACGGAAUGCACUGGUAGUAUUGGUUACCAGCUUUGUCGCGUUUUACUACGACCAGCGAGGCGAGCGGCCCUUUAUCUUGACAGGCACGGUCAAGAGCGGUAUACCAGAUUUUCAGUUGCCACCAUUCAGUACGGUACUGCCAGAAGGUGGAGGACCCAACGGAACAAGUCCCGUACAGUUAGGAUUUACCGGUAUGAUCGAAGAGCUGGGUGCCUCGAUUGCGCUCGUUCCCAUCAUUGCAGUUCUUGGGAAUGUGGCCAUUUCGAAAGCAUUCGGUGGAAGUGGUAUCAAUCCGACUCGUGAGCUGGUUGCCCUUUCGCUGAGCAACAUUUGCGGAUCGUUCUUCAGUUCAUUUCCGGUUACUGGAUCAUUUUCGCGCAGUGCAGUGAACCACGCGAGUGGUGUGAAGACCCCGAUCGGUGGCAUCUACACGGGUGCAUUGGUGCUUUUGGCGUUGGGUGUGCUGACUCCCUAUUUCCAGUUCAUUCCUAAAGCCGCUCUGAGUGCGGUGAUCAUAUCCGCGGUAAUAUUUAUGAUCGAGUACGAAGUCAUUCGGCCGUUGUGGCGCUGCAACAAAAGGGAACUGAUUCCGGGUGCAGUGACGUUCGUGCUGAGUUUAAUCGUCGGUGUAGAAUUGGGACUGUUGGCAGGAGUGUUAACCGAUCUGGCCUUUGUCGUUUAUCGUACUGCCCGGCCAUUGUUGACCGUUAGCGUAGCGAAUACCACUCUCGGUACGCAGUACAUUUUGAUCCGUCCAAACCAUAGCGUUAUUUAUUUCCCCGCCGUCGAGUGGGUGCGUAACGUUACAUCUAAAGCUAUCAAACAGCACGGCAACAUUCCGGUUGUGUUUGAUUGUCGGUUAGUGAACGAAUUUGACUACACUGCCGCCACUGGAUUGCAAAUGCUGCGCAAAGAACUGGAAAAGAAAAAGAUUCCUCUAAUCAUAUAUGGAUCAUCUAGCGAGGUAAAGAAGCUACUGCAGGAAACCUUGAAAAGCAGCCUGCUGGAAGUUAGCACUGAUGACGAACUAGAGAUUCUACUGCAGGACCUGUCCACAUCUGACGGAGGUAAGCAAGAGCUACGUGAAGUCGUUACACCGCUCCUAUCACCCGAGCGUACACCGCCCAUCGCUGAAAUCGAAUUAUCUUAAAUGUAUCCUUAAAGUGCCUUUUAUGUGUCGUGUGUCUGUAAAUGUGCUGGUGGAUGUGUUCGUUUGAUUCAUUUAUUGUUUAAUGUUACCUACGUUCAUCUAACCAUUUGACAAGAUUUCAUUGCAUAUGUUAUGUUUGUAAGUUGUGGAGCAGUGUUGAUGUUCCUUUUUGUUUGUAUCCACUAUUUCGUCAACCGUUAUAGGUAUAGGAUAAGAAAAAACAAAACGCAAAAGCUCUCCCGGACAGAGAUGAUUUCUCUGAAAACGAAACUACUUCUCGGAAUUAUUACCCAUUGGCAAUUGACCAGCGUAUCGAAUUUAUUGUAUUACCAUUUUGCUACAAACUAUUUUUUAUCUCGAAUAAAAUAAAUUGAACGACGUUAAAUACAAUUAAUCGUUACCUGACCAUUUCCGCGU